AUGUCAGAACAAGAUAAGAAAGAACAAGCAUUACAAGCAUACAGAGAUAGAUUGAUCGAACACAAGAAUGCAGAGUUGCGUCUCAAUAAAACACAUGAACUCGUUAAGAAAUUAAAGAAAGACUACGCAAAGACUGAAGAUCACCUCAAGGCAACUCAAUACAUUGGUGAAAUCAUUGGUGAAGUUUUAAGAUCAUUAGAUGAGGAAAGAUAUAUUGUUAAAGCAUGUAAUGGACCAAGAUAUGUUGUACGUUGUUCAAACUAUCAAGAUAAGGCACAUCUUUUAGUACCAGGUGCACGUGUAACUCUUGAUCUCACCACUCUCACCAUCUUAAAGAUUCUACCACGUGAAGUCGAUCCAAUCAUCUUUAACAUGACAACAGAGAACCCAGGCGCAAUCAACUAUUCCGAUAUCGGUGGUCUAAAUUCACAAAUUAGAGAGUUAAGAGAGGUUAUUGAAUUACCAUUGUUGGUACCAGAGUUGUUUGUUAGAGUCGGUAUUAAACCACCAAAGGGUGUGUUGUUGUACGGUCCACCAGGUACCGGAAAGACAUUGUUGGCCAGAGCGAUUGCAAGCAAUUUGGAUGCCAACUUUUUAAAGGUUGUCUCUUCGGCCAUUGUAGAUAAAUAUAUCGGUGAGAGUGCCAGAGUGAUUCGUGAGAUGUUUGGUUACGCAAGAGAUCAUCAGCCAUGCGUUAUUUUCAUGGAUGAAAUCGAUGCUAUCGGUGGUCGUCGUUUCUCUGAGGGUACCUCUGCCGAUCGUGAGAUCCAACGUACUCUUAUGGAGUUGCUCAAUCAGAUGGACGGUUUCGACACCCUCCAGAAAGUAAAGAUCAUCAUGGCCACCAACAGACCCGACGUUCUAGAUCCAGCUCUCUUGCGUCCAGGUCGUCUAGAUCGUAAGAUUGAAAUCCCAUUGCCAAACGAAGCUGGUCGUGUCGAUGUAUUAAAGAUUCACGCAUCCAGUAUAACUAAACAUGGUGAUAUCGAUUUCGAAGCAAUUUCAAAGUUGGCCGAUGGAUUCAAUGCAGCUGAUCUUCGUAACGUUUGUACUGAAGCCGGUAUGUUUGCUAUUAGAGCAGAGAGAGAUUAUACAAUUGAAGAAGACUUUUUCAAGGCUGUCAGAAAGUUUGAGUUUGAUUUUGAUUUUAGCAGUACAUACCAAUCGAAUGUUUCAAUUGGCGAAUAUAUCUAUGUAUUCGGUGGUGAAGAGAACCCAAACAAAAGGAUGAAAUUCUCAAUUAAAUCGAAAUCUUUUGAACAUAUUGGUGAUAUCAAAGGAAUCAAAGGUGAUUGUUUUAUAUCAGUUUGUUAUGAUGGUCAAGAUCAUAUCUAUUUGGUAAAUGGUUUAAAUGUAAAGGAUAGAAUCGAUCGAUUCAACAUCAACUCAAUGAAAUUCGAAAGAUUUUACAGAGUUUGGUUUGCAAGAAUCAACAAUGAUCUUCAAAGGUUCAUUAUAUUCAAUAUCAUUCAGGAAGAAUAG